AUGUCUGUUAUUCUUGCUAGUGCAGGAUAUGACCACACGAUUAGGUUCUGGGAGGCUUUGACCGGGGUUUGCUCGCGCACAAUUCAGCAUGCGGACUCACAAGUGAAUCGAUUGGAGAUCACUUCCGAUAAGAAGUAUCUGGCUGCAGCUGGACACUUGCAUGUGCGACUAUACGAUAUUAGAUCGAAUAAUCCAAAUCCAGUUUCGUCGUUCGAGGGUCACAAGGGUAACGUGACUUCGAUUGCGUUUCAACAGGAGAAUCGAUGGAUGGUAUCAUCGAGCGAGGACGGGACCAUCAAGGUGUGGGACGUGCGGUCACCUUCUGUGCAGAGGAAUUACAAGCAUAACGCUCCUGUGAACGAGGUGGCGAUUCAUCCUAAUCAGGGGGAGCUGAUUUCGUGCGACCAGGACGGGAAUAUCAGGAUCUGGGACCUUGGGGAGAAUCAGUGCACAAAUCAGCUGACCCCCGAGGACAAUACCCCAUUGCAGUCGUUGUCUGUUGCGAGCGACGGAUCGAUGUUGGUUGCAGGGAAUAACAAGGGGAAUUGUUAUGUGUGGCGUAUGCCACAUCAUACGGAUGCAUCUACUUUAGAACCGGUGACGAAGUUCAAAUCGCACACCAAGUAUAUUACAAGAGUGCUUCUUUCAGCGGACGUGAAACAUUUAGCCACAUGUUCUGCGGAUCACACAGCAAGGGUGUGGAAUAUAGAGGAUAACUACCAGUUAGAAACCACUUUGGAUGGACAUCAAAGAUGGGUCUGGGACUGUACGUUUUCCGCUGACAGUGCCUACUUGGUCACUGCUUGUUCCGACCACUAUGUACGGUUGUGGGACCUUUCCACCAGCGAGAUUGUAAGGCAAUAUGGAGGGCAUCACAAGGGCGCCGUUUGCGUUGCGUUAAAUGAUGUUUGA